CUAUCCCCAGGGGAACUAGAGAAAACAGAGCUUUUAGAAGUUGUGCCCUUUUCCUAAUUCGAUCUAUGUUUCAACUACCUAGUCUACACAGCGAAUCACUCCCCUAUACUCAACCAGUAAAGCCCGACGACCAAGCAUUGGAUUCCUCACCAGGAGCUCUCUUAUAACGGUCAAAGAAUCACUAUUUUCCCCAGAUUCACUCCCCGGACUCGUCACAACACUUGAUAAAUCGACAGACUAUAACAAAAAGAAAACGGAAGAGUGAAAAAUCAAAAGAGUCAGUUGCAUAAAGUUACCUAUGGAAACGAGUGAAUCUGUAGAAGAAGUAGGAAAAGGGGAAUUUGACCCAAACACACGAGCGAUUGAAGGCAGGAAGAAUGGAGAAACUCUUGGGAAAUCAAGGUUUAGAAAUCGGUCGCAAACGCAAAAGUGAGAAGCGAGAAAAUGGCCUACAAAUGCCCUUAUAUAGAUAUCGCACGAUGAAUCCAAUGGUCAGAGAUCAAACAUUGCCAAACACCUGCAGAGAUCAUGCCAUCUGUCACGUGCAUUAAAUACCUUAGGUUAAAACAUCGAGACAACUCCCUAUCCGCCUACGGCAUCACAUCUUUUGGAGCAAACACCUCAGAUUUCAAGACCAUGUGCGUUACUUAUCAGAACCUCAAAAAACACCGCUCAGAACUACCAAACUCAGCCUUAGCAAGCUUGACCUUAGCAAGCUCAGUCCAAGGUCAAGGCAAACUAAAGUGUUACCACCACCUCGGCUAUGUUCCUAACUCGAAUGCUUGCCCAUGCGAACAUUCGACCUGGGGGUUUCUAGACCAUACUGUUUCGUUAGGCCAGCCCAUUAUUUGACAUCUAGCCUGGUCCCAGGCUAGAUGUUGGCUCAAAAGCUCGGAUAACAUUUCCAUUCAAGUCGAGAUUCUUGCGCUAAUAACGGAGUCUAUCAACUCUAAAUAUUUCGCACAUUGAUUCUCAUUAACUCUCAAUCUUCAUCAAAUCCGAAAUCCUCAAAGAUGAUCCCUAUUAUUAUCAUGCAUCUCGGCUCUCCAUCCUCCCAUGAUGGCUGACGAUACGCAAUAUACCUUCAUCUCUAUAUAAGUCAGAUUGAUCACACGCCAAUGUAUGUUUUUUUCCAAACCUUACCAACACUUUAAAAUUUUAAAUUCUCAAUAAUUUGAGUGUUAGAGUGUUUGUAGGUGCUAACCAUCCCAUCGCAAAGAUUAUCGGAUCAUGACAUUCCGCCGCCAUUGUAGCGAGUCCUACCAACCUCGUUGGAUCAAAAGGAACAAUAUCCGCAUUUUGAUUCAAUUUUUAAUAAAAAUAGGAUUUCAUCAACUUUUUCCUUGAAAUUUAAUAUAGUAACAUUUCUGUUUUGCUAAUAACAAUAUAACAUUUCUGAUUCGUGUGAAUCUGAAAUAUCCCGGCCCGACCCGACCGCACCUGACUUUGUUGGCGCGCGUAGACACAAACGGAUGGAUAACUGCAUAUAUCCAAUCCGUCCACCAGAACCUAAGCCUGAGACGAAACCAGACCAGACAGAAGUCGAUAAAGCCCCGAAGGACCCGUCCAUGGCCUCCUCUCUCAGCCUCGCCAACGCCGCCGCCAUCCCCGCCAUUUGCCGCUCUUCCAGUAGUACCAGCACCGGCAGCUUCUUCUUCUUCACCAAGCGAAGUCGAGCGAGGAGGACCAAAACCCAAAUCCGCUGCAUUGGAUGGGACCCGGAAGGCUUGUUAGGGCCGCCCCAAACGGGCCAUAUCGCCAGGCGCGAGUUUAAGCGACGCCUCGACCGAGACGCCGAGGCCAGGGAGGCCUUCCAGCGCCAAAUCUUCGAAGAGAAAGAGCGUCGCCUAGCACUUCGACAAUCUCGGAUUGCUCCAGAUACUCCUGCUGAGGUAAUUGAGUACUUUCUCGAUACAGAGGCUCAGGAGAUUGAGUUUGAGAUAGCCCGAUUGAGGCCUAGACUGGACAAGGAAUUUUUCUCACACUUGCAGUUUGAACUAGGUCAACUUCGGUUUGCUGUCUCAAAAACUCAGGAUAUGGAAGACAGAUUGAUAGAACUUGAAGCACUGCAAAAGGCUUUACUGGAGGGAACAGAAGCUUAUGAUAAAAUGCAAGCUGAGCUCGUAAAGGCAAGGGAAAGCCUAACCAAAAUCUUGACGUCAAAGGAUGUAAAAUCAACUCUAUUGGAUAUGGUUGAAAGGAAUGAGCUGAAUAGAUCCUUACUGGCACUUCUUGACGAAAAUAUAGCAAAUGCUCAUAAGGGUGACCAGAAACAAGCAGCAGCUUUCAUGGAAAAGGUUCGCGGGGCUAUGUUGAAGUACAUGACAGCUUAGCUUAAUUAGCACUCUGCACUGGUUGGUUGUAGAUAAUAAAUUGAGUCAUCAGUAGUACGAUCCAGAGAUAUUGCUCAGUUUAACAGUUAGUGUUAACACUGCUGCUGUCACUGCAGCUAACAAUUCUGGUGUUUUGUUCACUUUGGCCUACGUUCGUGGGAACGACAAUUCGAAUGCGAGUUUUACUAUAGAAGUUUUUCCCUAAUUUGGCAAA